ACUCGACUGCAGGUCUGCAGAUGGAAGGCGGACAGUGUAACUCUAGGUUCCUUUUUUUCCUCCCCAGCAUGCAUGGCUUUUGUUUCUAGGAGAGGAGACAGAGCUGAUGCAGAGAAAAGCACUUACCUUGCUCAUUGCUGGCUACUUGGGAGCCCUUUGUAAGAGCCCGGGCGCACAGUGUGGCACUCAGUCUGCGUCAGCAGCUGCACAGACUAUGUUCAGCCACCACACGGCUGAAUUGAUCUUAUAACACAGGUUGAGAGACUGAGAGAGGCAGAGAACAGUGGAGAGUGGGCUGUGUGUUGUUUUAUCACCUACUGAAACUGGAAAUUAAACUUUUUUUCUUCAUCUUUUCACAUUUAGCCUUGUGAGGCUACACUGGACUGAACUGUUCGAGUUUACGGCACAUCUCAGGACUGAAUUUUUAUUUAUUUUUAAAACUCUGCUCAAACUGAAGAGCGGGGGAGAAAAGAGCUGAGUUUGCUUGAAAGUGAAUCGGAGGGACCAAGGAGAGAGGGAGAGAAACAGAGCGAGUACACUGCUCUCCCUCUGUGUGUGUGUUUGUGUGUGUAACUGGGCACCAUGGUGCAGAAAAUGAGCCACACGGAGAGCACCGCCGAGGCGCUGUCCUUUUUCGCCGGAGAUUCCAGCUCCGACUCCGGGGCGUGCAUGGACCUGGACCUGGCCGCCUCGCCUCUCUCCCCGGCUUCGACUGCCGGGGAGAACCCGGCGUGGUGUAAAACGCCCAGCGGCCACAUCAAGAGACCCAUGAAUGCGUUCAUGGUGUGGUCCCAGAUCGAGAGGAGGAAGAUCAUGGAGCAGUCCCCCGACAUGCACAACGCCGAGAUCUCCAAGAGGCUGGGGAAGCGGUGGAAGCUUCUCAGGGACAGCGACAAGAUCCCCUUCAUCAGGGAGGCGGAGCGGCUCAGGCUCAAGCACAUGGCGGACUACCCCGACUACAAGUACCGGCCGAGGAAAAAGGUGAAGUCAAGCGCCUCCAAGCCUGGUAGUAACGGGGACAAGAGUGAGAAACUCAGCGGUAACUCCAACAACACCAGCACUAAGACAUCAUCAUCUUCCAGGAAGAACGGAUCCAAAUCACCCAGCAGCAGCAGCAGCAAACCCCACAAAUCACUUUUCGGGAGCAGCAGCAGUAGCAGCACCAAAGCAUCACCGUUUGCCUCCGAGCACGCGUCAGAGCACCACCACAACAAUCUCUACAAGUCGAAAUCCGUCUCCUCGGCGGCCAAGCAGAUACCGGAUGGCAAGAAGCCCAAGCGGGUGUACGUGUUCGGGAGCAGCGGGGCCAACUUGAGCGUCUGCCCCGCGUCCUCCGUCGUGGUGCCCGCCAGCCCGACGCUCAGCAGCUCGGCGGACUCCAGCGACCCGCUCAGCCUGUACGAGGACGCGGCCAGCGGCAGGGAGGAGGGGGCCGACUCCCCCGGCAGCGGCGGCAGCCUAGGCGGGUCUUCGGAGCGCAACGGCGGGCACACGUACAGCAGUCGGCGGGCUUCCUCGCCGACUCGCUCCGGCUCCCACUGGUCCCACUCGUCCGCCUCCUCUUCCUCGGAGGACGAAGAGUUCGAGGACGACUUGCUCGACAUUAACCCGAGCCCCAGCUUUGACACCAUGUCGAUGGGCAGCUUCGGCUCCUCAGUGCUGGACAGGGACUUGGAUCUGAACUUUGAGUCCGGCUCCGGCGGCUCUCACUUUGAGUUCCCCGACUACUGCACGCCUGAAGUCAGCGAAAUGAUAUCCGGGGACUGGCUGGAGUCCACCAUCUCCAACUUGGUGUUCACGUACUGAGUGAGCAAAGAGCAACAACAAAAACAUUCACAACAACGACAAAAAACGACAGGUAAAAGUCCUGCGAGCUUAACAUAUGACCACAAACAGAAACAGCAGUUCCUCGUCGAGGGGGCGUACUAGUUUGUUAUAACUAGCCUACAACAGACUAGUAAAAGCCACUGAAACUAGUCCCGGUUCGUCCUAAUGAGGCAAGAGCUGCAAAUCCUUUUGGAAAAGCUCAACUUUAAAAGCGAAUAACUUGGUUUUUCUCCGGGCGCGUGGACCGGGGACUCGACUCCACCACGCGAGUGGAGCGCCGCCACGAGCAGGGGAGAGCCCGGAGGGGAUGGCUCUGUUUCCGGACGGUGAAAGGCUUAGUCCCGACCUGUUUCUGAACUAAACAACUUAACUGUGAUUGAUUUGCACGUUAUGCGGUCCGCCGUUCACUUAAUCAAUGUUGUUUGCCGAUUUUUAAAAAAGAAAAGAAAAAAAGGGACAUUUCACAACUUUUUUUACCAAUCGCCAAGUGAACUUCACCACUAAAAAGGUACAGAAAUAGGACUCUCGUGCGACUUUUUUUUUUCCUUUUUUAUUGUGGUGUGUCACCAAGAGGUGGGUUGAUGUUUUUUUUUAAAGUCGACUAUUUUUCUCAAAAGCAAAAAAACAUGUCAAGCAUGAUGGCCUACUUUGUUCCUAUCUUGUGCUGAGAUUUUCUGUGAGACUGUCGAGCAGUUUAAAACUAGUAUUAGGAUUAUUUAAAUGGAUAGGUGGCGCUCGCUUUCGGUUCUUCUCUUUAAAAAAAAAAAAAAAAAAGGACAUUGAAAUAAUCACCAGCUGUUGUAAUUUUUUCGAACUUCAGGAUUCAAACGCAACUUCAAAUCUGUGCUGAACUUUAUACACGUGUUCUCUACUAUUCAGGACCAAAAUGAUUUAAUUUCAGAUGAUAGCUAUAGAGAAAUCCUCAACAAUCUUUUGUUUUUUCAUCCUCUGAGCUUUGUUUUGUACAUGUAUUCAGAUGCCAUUUUAUAUGGGAUGUUGUAUUUAUAUACUGGGCCAAGCAUUUUCGACUUGAUCACUUUUUAAUUUCUUGUAUACAUGAUUUAGUCCUGUUUCUUUUUCUUGUCAGUAUGUCUGUGUCUGUCACAUUUCCUUCUCAGGCGAAGGGCUAGAGUUUUCAAAACACAACUUUUGAUUUAAUUUUAUAUUUAGAUGUACACACUUUUUGGACAAUUAAAAGAGAGGAAACUGUUUGAUUAUUUUCUCAGUGUAUUUUUGUACAAAUCUAUAUAGAAAAACGGGGAGUCAACAAUCGGUGUGUGUAGCCUCCUAAUACAGCUGUAUUGGAUUUCCUAACGUUAAUACCCCGCAGGCUGGUUUUCAUGCUGCCUUCAAGUGGUCAUGGUAAGCUCGUAUCUUAUUAUUUUGUAUCGCCUGUUCAGAGGCUUUUGUAAAGACAACCAGCAAAAUAGACCUUCUAUCACUGUGGUGCCUAUUGUUUAUUUUGAAGAAAUGAAAGGCACCAAGGUAUUUUUUACUUAUGUGACCCAACCAGAGGAGAUCAUAUUAUUCAGGUGUGUUAUUGGUGUUUUAAUUCACAAAUCUGGCAAUCUUUCUUUAACUUGUACCAGCACAUACUGACAAGACGACUUUGAUGUCCAAUCUCGAACAUCCACAAUUGUCAGUCCAGGCAUGGUUUACCUAACCACGAAGUGAAAGGAUGCAAUUACGAUUUUUUCCGACAGCACUUGAAAGCAGCACCAGCCUAUGUAUCUGCCUAACUUCUACGUUUACAGUGCCAGUCUGCAGGCUCCUUAAAGAUACAAGAAUGCAUUAUUUCUAGAGGCUAUUCCUUUGGACCAUGUGGGUUUAACAGCAUCACUAUCUUAAGCAGCCACUUGUUUUUGUUUGUUUGCAUUUCCCUUCAGAUGACUUGCCUAUGACAAAAAAUGAGAUUGUAGCUUUACAUUUGACAUAUUUCUUGGUGUUUUCAUUAAUUGAUUUCAUUUUUGCCAAUCCACCUCUGGAUUGGACAGUCUAUCAAUACAGCAAGCAAACAACAAGGAUGAUACCAUCAAGCAUAUUCAAAUUUCUGACUUGAGUUCCGCAACACCUACUUGUUCUGCGUUUCUCAUUGUAUUUGAAUAUAUAAUCUUUUGUACUCGUCAGCUAACUAUUAGCUAAUAAUUGUUUUAGUAUCUUUAUGGCAUGGUGAAUAGCAUUUGUAUUUCAGAUUCAGGUUAUUAGCUGUUGUGUUUUUCAGAAAAAAAGAAAAAAAUGAGGAAAAACGAUGAACCGUGAACUCGAUCUUUGUAUAUUUGACUGUAUCAUAAAGCAAAAAGAUUGUGUGUUUAUGUACGUUGUUGCUAUCGAGGACAGGCACUGUCUAGAACUGCUAUCUUUUACACAUCCUUACUUACAUUUAAGGUGGUCAGUUCAGGACUCUUUUUUUAUAUAUAUAUGAAAGCAUUUUUAAAUAUAUUGACUUUAUUUUUCAUCCAUUCUGUGCAAUAUGCUGUGUAGAAUUAUCAUUUAUUGUCUCUAAUCAUGCCAUAAACAAAGGAACCACCCUUUUUUGAGACUCAGACAAAGGGGGGGAACUCAUGCCAGCUAAAUUGUGUUCAUUCACUGCCUGUCAGAUUGUUGAUAUAAACUUGUGUACAGAACUUUUUCAAGGAAGGAAAUAAAUAUCAGCUGGAACUGAAA